AAACACUCCCUUAUGUCGGAUGGUUCGUGAUCUUUGUAACAAUAAUAGUCAAUUCUUUUACCGAUGUCGACGCGAUCUAUGAUGAGGUCCAGAAAUACUGUGAGUUAAAGGUUGGUGAAAAUGGGACGGAGCUAGAAGUCUUAGAGUGUAUUGUAGAUGUAUUGAAUAGCAUGAUAUUGGCAUUGCAAAUUUUGAGAUAUGUUCGUUGGACGGAGAUAAUCAUUUUUAUCGUAGUUUUAAAUUACGAAAACUUGCGAAUAGAAACCCUCCUCGGUGAUAACCACCAAACAACUCCAUCUUACGGUGCAGUUUCGGACACACAAGAUCCGGAUACUCGUGACGACGUGACACGAGGCCAAGCGGUUUGA